UUGUCUGCUGUAAACGUACAGCAUGACUGCGCAUCAUCGAGCUGCGGCGAGUUUGUAUCUGUCAACAUACAACAAGAACGCACUGAGACGACAAAGACUAAGACAUCACUUGUGCAUAAAAACGCGAGCCAUUUUGUUUUAAAUGCCCACUCACUGCACAAUUACGCCCUCAUAUCACAGGUCAUCCCCCAACCCCUUUGCAUGGCAAUGAGCCUCCCUUUUUUGCCAAACUCACGAGAGGUACGGUUAAAAGCGGCAAGGACUGUCAGA